AUGAUCAAGUCUAGCGCCAUUCUCAUUUCGUUGGGUGCUUACAGUGUCCUCAGCAAGCCCUCUUCCCCUACGCCAAGUAACAGCGCAUUUACUUUGGCAGCCUCCCUCAUUUCCAAGCCGGACUCGUCUUCCGUGGAUGUGGACCACGGCAUCAGUCAAGUGUUCUCAGGCUGGCAAGUUGUGCCUCAUGAGGGACAACUUGUUCUUGCACCCAAGAAGAACAGCAAGCUGCAGGUCACCUUUAACGGGGGUUGGACAUGGACAGGGCUUGUUCCUUUCGUCCUGAGCUCUUCAGCUGAGCUUGGUCUUCCCACUUUACAGAAACCCCACAAUAUCUCCCAGCAAACCAUUCACGCAGUCAAUGAUGCGUCCAAUGGAAAGAACGGCCUUUAUUACGAUGAUUCUGAAGCUUCGAUUCUGGACUUGACGUGGACGACCUCGUUGGACAAGAAGACAAAUGUCUGGUAUCUCACACCAAAUACACAGAAGCACAACGACCUCCUUCUUGUUGCUUGCAUUGAAGGCUCCCAUGAUGGCCAGCCCGACUUCAUGCCACUCAAAUUCAAGACACCCCUCGAAGCACAAAGCACCGGCAAUUCUAAAUGCUCUGCCGUGGAUCUCGUUUUGACCUACUCGUCGGAUGAUCGUGACAGAUUACCCCGAAAAUGGGACUAG